AUGACUAACAGAAAGGACCUCAUCUUUAAACUUGCCAAAGGUUAUUUCGGCAGAAGUAAAAAUUGUUGGAGAACAACAAGAAAUAGAGUGGAGCAUGGUCUUGAACAUGCCUACCGUGGAAGAAAGGAAAAGAAAAGAACAAUGAGUAGUAUUUGGAUACAAAAUGUUAAAGCUGCUACCGAACAACAUGGAGUAAAAUAUAGUCAAUUUAUGAAUGGAUUUGUUCUUAGUGGAUGCCAAAUUAAUCGUAAAGUACUUGCCGAAUUGGCCCAAACAGAACCUUUAACUAUGCGUGCUUUAGUAGCCUUGUCUGUGCAAGCACGUAGAGAAUUUGCUGUAGAAUUCGGAAACAAGGAUAACUCAGCUGGUGCUCUUUCGUAUGAACUUGACUUCCCAGUGGAAGCUGAAUUAUCUUAUGAAGGAGAAGAUGCUGAAGUUACUCGUAUAACGGAACAUUUGUCCAAAGUUUUCUCUGACCUUGUUGCCAAGGAAUAUGAAGAAGAUAAGAUUUACCAACAAAAACUUGAACAAGAAAUUAAGGAUAAGAAGAUUAAAGUCACCGGAGACCCAAUUAUUGUAUAAAAACCUAAAAAAACAAAUAUUAUAUGGAUUAAAUUAUAUUUUCU